AUGGCAGAUAAUAGCACGCAGUGUAGCCUUAAUGGCGAACACCAACUUCAGCACGACGAUCUUCAGGAGGUAUCGGAAACGAGUCUUUUGAGGAACGUCUCUCCUAACUCCCUCUACCACCAGCGUGUUGAGGCCUACGCCUCUAUCGCGCAACUAUUCAUCAACAACGUCCGUCGACAGCCAAAGUCUCCGGCUAUUAUCGACAUCGACUCGAUCAUCACUUUUGAGGAACUUCACACUAGAGCAGUCUCCCUGGCCGUCCAAUUACGCAGGAAGGAAUACUCCUUGGAGGAACCGACGGGAGUCUUGGUCAGCCCUGGAUCAUGGAACGUUAUCACCCAGUUAGCAGUGGUGUACGCUGGCGGGACCAUAGUUCCUGUCCAUCCAGAUGAAAGCGAUGAGAAGAUCAGAUGCAAGCUGACUGGUGUCGGGGCGAGAUAUGUGAUCGUCGACGCACCAAACAGGACCCGCCUGCCGAUGUUUACCUGCAUCUUGCUGAGUGACCUGAGUCCAGGCGCAUCCUCAGCACAAUUGGAUGGACAGAGCGACACCAUCCCAGUCACCACCACUCUCCACCACCGAACCCACAUAUUGUUCACCUCAGGCACGACGGGAGAGCCGAAAGGGGUGCAGAUCUCCGCGCUCUCCCUCCUCCACAUCAUCCACCACGUCCCCACCAGCCCGCUGGAGAGCUCAGACGUCAUGGCACACUAUAUCCCUACCACAUUCGACUAUACCCUCGUGGAAAUCUGGGCGCCGCUGAUGGCGGGGGCGCGGAUCGCUAUUCUCCCCUACGCGGAUGCUUUCGACGGGCGCACCCUCGAAGCAGCCCUCCGUAAGCAGGGGGUCACCGUCAUGAUCAUCGUGACUGCCUUGCUCAAUCUGGUCUCUAUCACCAGACCAAAGGCUUUUUCGACAUUGCGGAUGGUUCUUUUCGGCGGUGAUGCUGCUAGCCCCAAGGCCGUUGCGAGAUUGCUCGAAAGCGGCGGCCCUCCAAGCCGAUUAAUCAAUGCCUAUGGCCCGACUGAGACAUGCUGUUGGUCUUUUACACACGAACUGUCCAUAAAGGACACUCACUCUGAGCCGGUGAGCAUUGGAACCCCGACCGGAGAUACGAUUGCUUGUAUCGUCGACGAUGCAAUGCGACCUGUCUCCGACGGCAACGUGGGAGAACUCCUUAUAGGUGGGCCCGGGGUAUCUCGCGGGUACCUCAACAGCGAGAAGAACGUGACUUCGUUUACUGACAUCCAGAUCCGUCCGGGCUCGGAUGAACGCACUCGUUUUUAUAGGACGGGAGACCUGGUUCGACGGGACCCGUUGUCGGGGCUGGUUUACUACCUUGGCCGGCAGGACCAUCAGGUUACGAUUUUCACGAUGCGGAUUGAAUUAGCGGCGGUGAAAGCCGCACUCAUGCGGACCGGUAGAUUCGCGGAUGCCGUCGCACUUGCAGUCGACUCUCCCAUCAAAGAAAUGGGCAAGAUACUGGUUGCAUAUGUCAUCCCGCAUGAGGGUUUAGACGACGUUCUGGAAGGGAUUGAGAGCGCGCUGUCGCCACAUCUGCCAUACCCGGAGGCUAUGCCACACAUCCGAAUCAUUGAUCGCUUCCCCCUCAAUCGGCACUUCAAGGUCAAUCGCGCAGAGCUGACUCGGAAAUAUCUCGCCGAGUGGGAACCUUACAUACAGGGAAAUGGCAAAGAGUGUGCUGCCACAACCGAGCAGAAGCUUGCCCACGUCUGGGCUGGAGUCCUUGCUAUGCCGUCCGUGAAAUUCACCGGCGGAGACAAUUUUUUUGAAUUCAUUCGCAGUGAGUUUCAGGGAGCGUAUCUCGUCCAGCAGAUCCAGCUUGCUUUCGACGCCACGGUUUUCCUUCACGAACUACAGGCCAAUCCUACUUUGUGCAAGAUGGCAGCGUUGAUUCGUGAGAAUUCUAGUAGCAUGGCCCAGGUGUCUAUGAAUUGA